AUGAGGGCUAACCUCGCCCGACAUGCCCGACACUUAGUUGUCAGUCGCGCCGCCAUCGCGCCUUCCUGCGCUGCCUAUGCGGCCGGCUCCCUUCCUCGCCGUCGAUUUUCACCCGAAUCCCUCAUAAGGAGGAACCAGUUUCGACGAACCUUCCUCGACGUUCUGUUCAAGAAGCCUCCGCGCGAGAUCCGACAGCCCCAAUAUGAGCCAGGAUGGAUGCAAAUUAUGGUUUGGAGAAGCCGAAUGCUCGACAAUUUACGGCCGCAGCCACGGGAGGAGUUAAUUGUUGCUUGGAAGAGUUUUCUGCAUUCCAAGAUUAAAAACAAGAUACCCUUCAAUACCACACAGGCGAUGCAAUGCCGCCGAUUACUAGAAUACCUUUCAGCGCCUGAUCGAUCCGAAGAAAAACGCCUCUCAUCCUCGGACCUGCUGCUAGCGGGAAAGGUUCUGCUCGAGAUCGAACCUAUGGAACGAAGUGAAGAACAUCUCAAACUCGCCAAAGUCCUCUAUACCGCUUCGGUCAAAUCCUUGAGAAAGCCUUCAGAAGAGCCAAGGUAUUGGAGCUACCUUCUGAUUUCGAUGAGUCGUUUUGGGGGAGCAAAUGAGGCUCUCCAAGAGUUGUAUGCGAAAUGGGACACGCCCUCUUACUCUCAAUAUACAACUGGGGCGAAAAGUGUGGUCCCAUCAGUUGCUAGGGGACUUGCAAGGGAGGGGAAUGAAGAUCAACUCGUAAAGCUCAUUGAGUUUGCUGAUAGCAAUGGCUACGCAUACGCCAACGGCAUGCAAGAAGCCAUUGUUGAUUUCUUUGCUAAGAGAAACCGUAUCCCCGAAACCCAAAAAUGGUUUACAAAACCUCUGUCAAAGGGUCGCAAAACCGUCAAGUCUUAUCAAGCGGUGGCUAGUUUUGCAACAAGGAAUAACCUCCAGGAAUGGGUAAAGCCGCUUCUCCUUGAGCUUGGACAGGAGCAUCCAGAAAAGAAAUAUUGGGAUGCUCUGCUCCGAGCAAUGCUCCUGGCAGGCAUGACUCUGGGCGAGAUUAAACCAAUAAUGUCUCACAUGCUUAGCCUCGAUGGCCCAUUGACCCCGGAUAUCGAAACAUUCAACUCGCUCCUUCGAGCCGCCACGGAAAUGAUUGACCUGACCCUGGCUAAAUCUAUUUUUGAGUUAUCUGAAGAGCAGGGUAUUCGGCCUAACGAAGAGACUUAUCUCGUUCUCCUAUCUCUGUACAUCUCGUCUGGCUCUCUUGCAGAUGCCAAAGUUGCAUUUCAGAGACUUCAAGAAGCUGGGUCAAUCAGUGCCAGCGCGCCCAACGAUGUUUGGCUGGAGUAUUUUAGCAUCAUGAAUGAGUAUCUUGUCUUGCUUUGUCGUCAACAGCCCUCUGAUUUUGGUCAUAUCCUUGAGCUCCUGACAGCCGUGGAAGACGAGCGCAUACAUCUUGAACCCGCCACUGUUGCCUCGCUUUGCCUGAGGUUUCUAGAAAACGAGCAGAAUUUCGACGUCAUGGAUAUUCUCUCUGUACACGCCUUCUUAUACAGCGAGGCCCAGCGAGAGGUUGUCCAGGCCUCUUUUGUUUCUUUCUGCCUCGACCGCAAUACUAGUACUUCGCGUGCUUGGGGCGCCUAUCAACUUCUUAGUCAAUUCUUCCAAGACCUGAGCUUUGAGCGCCGGGCCCAGCUUCUCCAGAAUUUCUUCGACCGCAAGCGACCCGACAUGGCAACCUACGUGUUUGGGCAUAUGCGCCAACAUCGGAAUCGGGCAUACCAACCUACCUUAGAUACAUAUGUGCAAUGCUUUGAAGGCUUUGCCAAACAUCCCGACCGUGAAGGAACAGAGAUGAUACAUAACAUGCUCAAGAUGGACACAAGGGUACAGCCAAAUACCAGAUUAUAUACAGCUCUCAUGCUAGCACAUGCAAGCUGUGGUCGCUCUUUGAAGGCUCUAGACUUUUGGCACGAGAUUACACAGUCGGCAGAAGGACCUUCGUACGAGUCACUACAAGCAGUAUUUUGGACUCUAGAAAAGAAGUCAAACGGCGACAAACAAGCUCGCCAAAUAUGGGAUAAAAUCGAAUUGAUGGAUCUGGAGGUCCCUCCCUCGGUAUAUAUGGCCUACAUCGGUGCGAUUGCUGGUAAUGGCCAUGAGAAAGAGGCCCAGGGUCUGAUCAUGAAAAUGGCUUCUGUCACUGGGUCGGAUCCGGAUGCCGUGGUGUGA